AUGAUUCCCUGCCUCAAUACACUUUUUGUUUUGAUUGUUGGGGUAGGGAUCGGCAUGGCAAAACGGCAUAACGUUCGGAGGCAUCUAAGUGGAGCAUGGACCGAUAAACACUGUGAAGAACCACAAAAUCUAAAAGAAGAACUAUCCGCAUGGAUGCAGAUUUCGAUGAAUGGACAAUUCGAUGAUAUGGCUCUCGAAGAAUGGAGCACAAAUGGAAAAGAGCCGGAAAUAUGUGGAAAAUCACCAAGAGCCGAGGGGAGUUCAACUAUAAUGGAACGAGCAUUGUGCCCAUGGGAAAGUAGAGUCAACUUUCAAGAGAGCCGCGAACCGAAGCUCAUUGCUGAGUCAGUAUGUUUAUGUCGGAAAAGUCGUGGAUCAACUGGAGCAUUUUGUAUGCCUAUCAUCCGUAAAGUACCUAUCCUUCGACGUAUUUCUUGUGAUCGCUCAACUGGUUUGUGGAACUACGUUCGAUCAACAGAAUUGAUUACUGUAGGGUGUCAUUCUGUUUUACCGAGAACUCAAAGAAACGUUCGUCUUGCUAAUUUAUCAUCCGAUCGAGUUGUUGUCUAG